CCAGUUAAUACGUUCGCUAAUGGUGAUAUUGUGUUUAUCUCCGGUAAAUACAUUAUUGAAGGCUCUGAACCGCAUUUUGCUAUUGCAUAUGCGAGCAUUGUCGAUAAUAAAAAUUCCAACAGAGAAUUUGACGCGACUGAUCUUCCUGAAUGUAUUUCGCAUUGUGUAUACUCAGUGACUAUUAAUCGCGAACCAAAAAAAAUCGAAGAAUUUAUUCAUUUCGGUGCAGAAGCUGUAGAAUAUAAUUCGGUUACUACUAAGCCUAACAUCAAAAUAGACAUGACUAUUGUUUAUCCUCUUCAAUCGCCAAAGUUUAAAUAUUUGGGUUAUCUGGGAUCAAAUAUUAAACUUCGAACCAACUACUUUGUAUCAGGUUUAAUUAGGUUUUCGAAGUCUGGCAAAAUGAUAAUCGAAGCCACUGAUAUUGAUUACUUGAAAACUUCGGCUAUUAACUUAACUGAAAGCACCUCGCUAGUAACACCAAAUACGCCAUCAAUUAUUGAUCUUAUUGACGAUGAUCUCAAUCCCGCUAAUUCCCAAACAUUCGAAGAACCUGCUAAACUCUUCAAGACACCUGAUGUUAAUAUCGAGGAUGGUACUUCAUAUGCGCCGGAAAAUAAUAACCCACCUGAUUCUGUAAGUUCAGAUGGCCAAGAUCAUGAGAAUCAAUUUGAUGAUGAUAAUAGCAAAAUCAUGGAAUCAUGCGAUAACGAAGACCUGCAUGAGCUGCAGCCUAAGAAAAGAAAGAAGAAUACUACUAGAAUUCAAAAAGAAAAGG